GUUAAAAAUGAAAACAUGAGUUUAGUUUCACUUUCGUCCUGAAAAACGUCUUUCUCUGCGGCGCAGGCUGUCGCAGGGGCCCGGCUCCCUUGGCCUCACGCUCUAUGAGGCUUCCUCUUGGCUGAAAUGUAACAGCAACCCGGCAACUUUUGCCCUAGAUGAGCGCCCCCGCGCCCAUGGAGGAGGAAGCGGGCAAACCCGACCUGCUCUCCGUCCUGGCCCAAGUGGCCCCUGAACUCGUGGACGUGCUGCACCGGCAGUCGGAUGACGCCCUCGAGCGGCUUUUCAGAUCCCUGGGGCCCCCGGGGACCAUCAGCUGGGGUUGGGGAGUCCAGCGUAGUGAGCACAUCCGGCACAUGGUAGAGCUCUUAGGGAGCGCGGGGAGCGCCAAGUGCAUGCAGUUCGUGCACAUCCUGACCAUGAUUUGCAACCUGCCGUUACACCUGGAGUCGCAGCUCGUGUCAGCCGCCGGAUACGAGCUCAGCGGAGAGCAGCAGCUAGAUGAGCAGGAUCUCCCAUUGCCGCCACCUAAAAGGAAAUAUUCGCUCAGAGUGAUGACCACAGACCCGGUGCAGCAUUUUGAGGCAUCUAUAAAGGCCAGCCUCUUGCGACGUUACGAGCAACUCUGCCGAGGCCUGGUGCGUCCUGUGCAGCUCGCUGACGUGCGUGUGGCUGUGCGCAGGACACCAGGACGCCCCCGCGAGGGGGAGGAAGGCAGCACGGAGCACAUUACUACAGCUGAGUCCUUCCUGAGACUGCGCCCAGGGGUGACAGUGCUGCUCGGCCCUGCCGGCUCCGGAAAAACGGUGGUGGCGCACUGUGUGGCAUGCCGCUGGGCCCAGGGCCAAGUCUCAAGCUUCCGCCUGCUCCUCCUGCUUGAGUUCCGGCAGCUGAACAUGGUGGCUGAGUGCAUCUCUCUUUGGGACCUGCUCUCUCGUCACUCCCCUUGUCCCGAGGAUGAGGAGGCUGUGCUCACGUUCAUCCUUGCCCACCCAGAACAAGUGUGCCUGAUCUUCGACGGCUAUGAUGAGUUCCACACCAAGUUCAGCCCUUUGGGGGCUCACAAAGGCCCUUGUGAACCUCGGCUGCCACGCCCACUCGCUGAGCUAUUCUUGGGGCUCUGCAGUGGCACAAUCCUACCCGGCUGCUCCCUGCUGGUCACCUGCAGGGUCCGGGACCUGCUGAACCUAACUGACAGCACCGUGGACUGUGUGGGUGAGUUGCUGGGAUUUGACAAGCCUCAAGUAGUGGAGUACGUUGAGCAGUAUUUCCAAGGCAAAGGUCAUGGCAAGUGGGUGAUGCGCCACCUGCUGGAGAGCCGUCACCUACUCAACAUGUGCAGCAUACCUGCGCUCUGCCACAUCUGCUGCAUCUGCCUGGACCAUCUUUUCUCUAGGGAGCCCUGCAGUGCUGCCCUGCUACCCGCCACUAUCACCCAGGUGUAUGUCCACAUCCUGAGGGCAUUUCUCAACCAGUGCAAUGGACGCAAGGCUGAGGACCGGGUUACACCACUACUGCGCACUUACCAAGCUGAGGUGAAGGAGCUGAGCCACCUGGCGCUGAGGGGGCUUGAUGACGACACCAUCAUCUUCUGCGAUGAUGACCUGCGACAGGAGGUGCGCGCCUUUGCCACGUCAACUGGCCUCCUUUGCUCCCAGGAGCUGUGGUUGCCUGAUGGGUCUUUUGGAGAAGGCUGUACCUUCAUCCACCUCACUAUGCAGGAGUUCCUUGGAGCUUUGUACCUCAUGACCAGCGAGAGUGCCACUGAGGCCCAGCUUCGAAAGAAGCUCAACCUCAAGAGCCGCUGGACCACGAAGAGUGACCCCAAAUCUGUAUUCACGGAUUCUGUGCACCUGUACCUCUGUGGACUGGCGGCUUCAGCCUGCACUCCCUACCUGAUGCAGCUGGCAAGUGGAGACAGCAGGGUGAGGCAACGGCAAGCAGCUGUGCUGAAGGUCCUGCAGCAAUUUGCAGGCAGCACCUCCCUCACAGGGCCCAAGGUGCUUGAACUGUGCCGCUGUGUCUACGAGAGCCAGGAUGAGCAGCUGGCCAGGAGCGUGGGGCUGCGGUGCCACUUUGAGCUACGUAACAUAUCACUGACUCCCGUGGACAUGGAGGCCCUGGUGUUUGUGAUCUCAGCUGGCAGACAAAAUGUUGUGAUUGAUUUUGGCGGCUGCUCCAUGGAACUGGAGUGCCUGGAAGUCCUAGUCACCUGUCAGCACAUCAGCUGCCUCACUUUCCGAAGCAGGAAGUAUGACGACAAGUUCGCUGAAGCCGUGGCCGCUGUUCUCCCACGACUGCCAAACCUCAGGCGAUUUGCGUUCAUCGGAGGGAACAUGACUGAAGCUGGAGCAGCAAAACUGGCCCGGGCUCUCGAGAGCUGCCCCCGCAUUGCGGAGCUCAAUCUCAGUGACAACAUCCUGGGUGACCAGGGGCUCCAAGACAUUGCUGAGGUCCUGCCCAAGAUGGCGGGUCUGACCACAGUUCAUCUGGGGAAGAACAAUGUGUCCCUGGAUGGUGUCCUCACCAUGGUGGAGAAGUUGGUCACAUGUCCCACCUUCCAAAAGCUUCACAUGGAUGACCUGAAGGACACGAGGGAAAUCCAUGUGUUACUUUCACACAGCCAUGUGCCUGCUGAAGAGUCUACUCUCAGCCUUUUGAACUGCAGGUUCACUGCGGACAGGAUGAACCGACUGUGUGAUGUCUUGGCCCAAUGUCCUGCUCUCUCUUCCGUUCAUCUGUCCGGACGGGGGAUCACAAAUGAGGUGCUCCAGGUGCUGUGCAGCUCAUUGUCGAAGCUCCGGGUGUCCAGGCAGAUAGUGCUGGCAAACAGUUCACUGACUGUGGACGGGCUGCUGGCUCUGAGCCACUCACUGACUACAUGCUCCGGCAUAGCUGGGGUGAAAGCCAGACUUGAGGAGCCCCCAGAGGUGUGUGUCCUGUUUGAAAGAGGAGGCGAGACCCCUGGCGAGAAGAUCGUGGGAAGAGUUCCACUGCUGUCCAAGAAACUUUGGCUCACACACUGCAGUCUGCAUUCUGCACACAUGGACAGGCUAUUUCAGACUAUCGCUGGAUGUCCUCAGCUAACUCUGCUGGACUUGUCCAACAACACUUUUGGGAACAAUGGACUGAAGAAGCUGCUAGGCCUCCUACCUCAGCUCAGCAGCAUCCAGGAGAUCAAUGUCAGUAAUAAUGCUGUCACUGUGGAAGGAGUCCUGCUGCUGGCAGAAACACUGAGGACAUGUGCGAAACUGAAAGUUGUAGAUGUCAGCCAUGGAGGUGAGCAGAGGAUCAUCCUGAAGUUUCACACCAGUAAAAGUCAGCAACAAGUGAAUAAUCCAGAGGCCCCCACUACAAUGGAGAAUGAUCUACCUUUGUUCAAGAAACUCAGCCUCCAGCAGAGUUGUAUCAGACCUGGGAGCAUGGAGGAGCUCUGCAGAAGAUUGGCUCAGUGUGGAGGCCUCGUUCAGCUCGACUUCAGUGGAGGCUCCCUGGACAGAAGCUCUGUGGAGAAACUGGUGAAGCACCUGCCAGGCAUGACCAGGCUGAAGGUCUUAAAUUUGUCUGGAAAUCUGCUUGGCGAUGAAGGCAUCAGGCACUUUGUGAAUUUACUACCAGACCUUCACACCUUGGCCACAGUGAGUCUCAACAAUAAUAACCUCACUCAGACAGGGGCACUACACUUGGUGAGAGCCAUGAGUGUCUGUGCCCAGCUGGUAGCAGUGGAAGUAAGUUUGGGACAGGAGGACAGGUCUGUGAUCCAGUUUGCCCAGAGCAGUGCCUGCGACCUAAGCCAGUCUCUCAGCCUUAGGGAGUGCCACUUUGGGGCCGACCACCUCCAGAAGCUCGCUGACAUCCUGGUGUGCUGCCCAUACCUAGGGAAAGUGCACAUGUGCUGUAACAAACUGCCUGAUGAACUUGGGGUUUUGCUGAAGGCACUGAGUAAAGUGAACACACUGGCGAAUCUGAAGAUCCAGAACAAUGCACUAACUCCACAGGUGAUUGAGGCCCUGCUGAGGGAUCUUCACUGUAACCCCAGACACCUGGAAAUCAGGGUUGAGGAGCCCUGGCUAAAGGCAGAAGUUACCAUGAACCUCAUUUCCAGUUGCCUCAACCUGAACCCCAAUAUCCAGCACAUCAGGGUGGAGGAAACUACUCUAAGUAUCACCCUGGGGAUGAGUGAUUACCAGGGAAAACUGUGCACAGAGCUGUCCAUACCAGGAGCCGAUCCUGUGUCUGUGUAUUCAGUACAGUCCAUUGGGCUUGUAGACUGCACCCUGCAAAGCCAACAGCUGGAGGUGCUGAGGAGCAUCUGCCAGAGGUGUCCACAGCUGCUGGAGCUGGAUCUCUCCCAUAACAGCAGUGGCACAGAGCUGGAGCCCAUUCUUUCAUCGCUUCUUCCAGUUUUACAGAAUCUCACAAAGCUCAGCUUGGACCGCCAUGUGAUGGACGAUCACGCAGCUGCAGUGUUGGCAAAGAUGCUCCCAGGACUACCCAAGUUGUGCAUCAUUAGUCUGUCACAGUGCUCUGGUUUCACCACAGUAGGGGCCUGUCACCUGAUCACUGCACUGAGUCACUGCCACUUGCUAGAGGACAUCAGUCUGAGAACCCUGCAGCUGCAGAAGGAAGCCAUGGCCUGUCUGGCAACUGGACUCCAUAGAAUGACCUCUGUGAAGCGGCUCAUCCUCAGUAAGGUUACCAUGGCAUCAGGCAGCUCAGACAAAGUGACUCUAGCCAUCCUGCCUAUGUUGGAGUCUCUGGAACAGCUGCGGGGGAUCAAGGUGAUUGAGUUGGACGAGCUGUUGAUGGGAGAGCAAGGGCUUCUGGAGCUAGUCAAACACGUGCCUAUCUGGACAGGCCUGCGUCGGAUCAGCUUGUGUAACAACUGCAUCACAGAUGACACAGGUACAAGUCUGGUGGAAGCACUUUCCCACUGCAUGGCCCUGGAGGAGAUCAUUUUAUCCAGGAACCACCUCGGAGACACCAGUGCAACCCACCUUGGCCAGGUUUUACCCUCACUGACCCACCUCCGAGUACUCGAUCUGCAGAUGAACUGCCUUCAGUCAGCAGGGGCUGUCUCUCUCAUCUCUGCCUUCAAAGACUGCAGAAGUUUAACAGAUAUAGUCCUAUCUGAAAAUCAGCUUGGCCCAUUGGGGAUAGAGAAGCUGUCAGCAGCCCUGCCUCAUCUGUGCUCCUUGCGCAAACUACACCUGGUGUCUGUUGGCACUUCAGACCUCAGCAACUUGGCAUCCAGCUUGGGAAACUGUAGCUAUGCAGAGGACAUCAGUUUGGCAUGGAAUGGAGUCACCGAUGAUGUAGCUGUAAUGCUGGCCGAGGUCUUUCCACUCUGCCAGCGACUGAAAAGAGUGGAUUUGGAAGCCAACAGCAUCAGUGUGAGAGGAGCUAAGGCGCUCGCUGCCAGCGUGCACUGCUCCGCAUCAGUGCAGGUCAUCCGUCUGUGGAAGAACCCGAUUCCCAGGGAGGAGUUCCAGAGGCUCAGUGAGAAGGAGAAAAGACUCAGCUUCUCCUCGAUGUGACGGUGACCUGCUGGCAUAAGCACUGGGCUUCUGACUGGAGCACAGAACCUGCACCUCACUGGUUUUGUACUGAGUGGGUCCAAGCCUGAAGGCUGGGGAGCACACUGAUGUCAUGCUGCGAACAUAUGUGUUGUUUACAUGUACAUGGAGAACAUGCUUACUUGAAAAAUACAGAAUCAGCAACACACAAACUCACAGUCUGCCCAGCCAGGAGCGGGAGGAGUCUUGUGCUGCCGGAAUAUAUGUUCUACUGGGGAUCCAGUCCCUUAUGCUUCUGUGACACAUCUUUCUUCCUUUCUCGUUAUCUGAAGUUUAAACAUUUUUCUCUGUCUUUCACACGAGUUUAUCGUGAUGCUGAAAGAACACCUGAUGUUCUCAGGAUGUUCAACAAAGUUUUCCUGGUCUCCCAGUGAGAGUCAUACUGCUGCUCUGAGAUGCUACUCCUGGUCACAGUGAUAUGGUAGCAGCAUUGCCUGAGCUCACACACACAUGCACACGGCUGUGCGCUCCGCCCUCGCUUCCUGGCCACACCUAUGCUUUGUUCUCCAUUCAUUCUCAUAUUUAUUAUUGCUGCAUAUUAGUAAACAUGUUAGCACAGAGAAUAAACCAUGUGCCUU